UAAAGCUGUACAUAUAUGUAAAAGAGCUAAACGAUAGUUCUAAAUGCUUUCUUCAGAAACUCCAUCCUUAGCUAUCCCCUUGGUGUAGAAAUACAGAAGCUGAAAGAGCAGAGUAAAACAGCUGUAGAAGAAAGUUAACAUUCAGGGUGGCUGACUGCAAAACACUGAUUUUUUAAAAAAUAUAUUCUUUUUUAUGAUUGACACGCUCCGCUUGGAUAUGAAAUACUGAAAUGUUAGAUGUCACCACAGGCUCAGUAAUGCCUUGCCUACCAUAAUGAUUCUGAGACUGAAUACCUGUAAAAAACCAAGAUCCAGGCACUAUGGUCAAGCAUGACAACACGAGGAGAAUAAAGUCACCACAGGAGGCAGCUCACAACCCAGUGGAUUUUCAUGGGAGGAUAAUGUUUUAUCUGUGCUCUCAUUCCUGCAGUGUCUCGCACAGAGUUACCAGAGAGAAAUAAAUGUAUUGCCAAUGCUAUACGUGCCUAAACGUUUUGGACGCUGGGGCUGCCUCUCUGCAGCUGAACUCAGCUGAAAUUUUUGAACUGGAGGAGAGUGCUGUGAAUUUGCAGCUGCAGAGGCCUUCCCUCCAGGCAAGAUCUUGAGCAUAAGACUUUGGAUGAGUCAGUGUUUUAUUAUUACAACCGCUGACAUUUAAGGGCAAUAAGCUGUCUAAUCUAACGGUGAUUUUGAACCCUAAGUUCAGGACGGGAGGAACUGAGAGGGAACAAAAGAAUGCAAAGUUAAGCAAACAAGUGAUGCACACAGAGGCCCCUUUCUCUCAUUUCAAAGACGUCUCCUGUUCACUACUUCAGAAUUUUUAAAAAAUGACUGAAACUCCUCUACUGAAUGUUCUCUCCUCAAACCGGAGUGAAAACAAGAGCAAUGAAACUAUUUGCCCGGACUUGGAGGAAUGGUGGGAAAUUGUGUACUAUAUAGUACCCAAUUAUAUCAACAUCAUCUGCCUUAUUGGAAUGCUUGGAAAUUUGUUUGUUCUCUUCACAUACUUACUGCACAAGGGGUCCCUGAAGACAGCUGAAAUCUACCUUACGAACUUAGCUGUUGCUGAUCUUAUCUUCCUCACAUGCCUUCCUUUCUGGGCAGAGAACAUCAGGAAUGAAUUUGACUGGCCAUUUGGCAAGUUCCUUUGUCGCAGCACCAGCAUGUCCAUCACCCUAAACAUGUACACCAGCAUCUAUUUGCUAGUGGCAGUCAGCGUGGAUCGCCAUUUGAGUUUUGUUCAUACCUUGAACCACAGAGGGAUACGGAGGAAAGCUAUGGCCAAAGGGAUCUGCUUGCUCACCUGGUUCUUCAGCAUCCUUCUCAGCAUCCCAACCUUUAUGUUUCGGACUGUGAAAUACUUUCCUCUGUGGAAUAUUUCAGCAUGCACUUUAGACUUCCCCACCCCAAUGUGGAUAACAGCUGAAAACCUGGUAUUCAACUUAGUGGGGUUUGGGUUGCCAUCUACAGCAAUCAUCUUCCUUAAUUUGUCUACCUUUCGCUCCCUACAAAAAAAAGCAAGAGAAGGAAGAGCACUCAGAACAAAGAGUUGCAAGGAGCACAAAGGCACAAAGGCCACCAGGUUGAUCUUCACAGUGGUACUGAUGUUUCUCUUGUGUUGGACUCCUUACCAUUUUUUUGUAUUCCUUGAUACAUUAUACCAGACAGAAGUGAUCAAAGGCUGCUUCUGGGGGGAACUAGUCAACUUUGGUGAGCAGUUCAGUUAUACUCUGGCUACCACCAGCAGUUGCAUUAACCCUGUGAUUUAUGUCUUUGUUGGGAAAUACUUCAGGCAAAAGGCUUUAGAAGUUUUUUCACAGUUUAUUCCCUGUGGAUUUCCUUUGAGCUGGGUAUCGUUCAAAGAAAAGUCUUCAUAUUUCAACAUGUUUCCAAUUAGAAGUAGUUUAACCUGAUUGUUCUAGGUCCCAUCUUCAUUUUGAUAUUACAACUUAAUUCAAAUGGCAUUAAAAAUGAAUAUGAAUUGCACUGAUCUAGCAUUCACAGACUAAGCAAAUUAUUUAUUCAAGUAAAUCACUUGACUGCUUAUUUGUCCUCAGGUUUGCUUUUCUUUGUGUUACCCAUCCAAACACCUAACGUGAUAUCAGAAUUUUAUACCAAAUUAUUUAACCUGUCUUAACAAUUGUCAGUGACUUGAAGGAAACCUCUUUGACAAGAUACCAGAAGUCUGGUUUCUUUACAGAAAGCCAUAAGCUGGAGGAACAUUCUACUGCAUUAUACCUGUGAUGACAACUACUAUACCACCAAUAACACUAUACAUAAAAUUAAAAUGUGUAUUACAGAGCAAAUAUGAGUAUAAUCUUCAGGUGAUAGCUGCAUUUGAGCAAUUAUAGAAUACCUCCGGUUAUUUUUAACAAUAUUUUAAAUGUUUUGCAUUUUCACAGUAACAUAUGGAAACUCUGAAUAUUUUUUGUGCACUUCAAAUAUAUUCAGGGCAUUAAUAUUGUACAAAACAAUGUACCAUAAAGAAAGUGUACAUAAGUUGUAAAAAAAGUGAAGCAACCUGGCACCCUCCACAAAAUCUGACUUUUUUUUUGUCCAGUAAAAUGUUACACAAUUAUUUCUCAAGUACGUAAAGAUUCUUUUUAUUUUUUUAUAUAUGAAAAUAUCAGUGAUGGCCAUUGAGACUCUAUUAUCUUGGAAUGUCUUUCAUCUGAAGCUAAUCCUUAGAUACAUAUUUAUAUUUUUAUGAAUCAAAACUAAUAAAGUGCAGAGAGUGUCCCAUUUUACACCA